GUGGGACAAGAGGAGGGGAUGAGGAGGGGGCGUGCUAAAGGUUGUUUUUUUUGGUGCACGAGAAAAGCCGCUUAUUCUUAACACUCCCAGAAGCAGGUGUAGGGCAGGCCACCUAGACACAUGCGUUGCAUUGUUCUUAAAUUAAAAUCUACACAUCGAGACCAAGGGGCUUCCGGAGGAAUUAAUUGCACCGGAAAAUGGUUUCGAAAUGUUAAUUGACAUUAGAUGCGCUUCUUUUGUUCGCCCGCAUCUAUACUUCCCCGUUGUGAUUGUCGAGACGCACUAGUUAGGUGCGAUCGCAAAUGACUUGACAUAGAUAGCGGUGGUCGCAGGUAAACACUUUCUUUCUGAAAAAUAGAGGAAGAAUUGAACACGAUGACUGACCAGUACAGUAUGUUUCUCACCGCUGCUCCCCCUCUGAGAAGAGGAAGCACACCUCUACCAAUCAAGCACCAGCUGAGGCGGGAGGAGGCCGUAUCAGAGGACCAUGACUGGAUACCAGGGAUUGACGAGCCGGCCACGCUGCCAAUCAGUGACACCCUUUGCCGGGAUGAAUCAUUUAGUCAGGCGUCGGAGGGGUGUCAUGGGAGUGCUAUAAGGAUCGUACUACUUGGGCAGAAUGGGGUUGGAAAAUCGGCACUCUCUCUGGCCCUGGCUGGACUGUCAGACAGCUCACUGUCUGUGGACUCUGAAACAGCCUGUGGAGAAUGCUACGAGCGCACGGUGUCAGUUGACGAUGAGCAGAGUUCAGUCAUCAUUUAUGACAACUGGAAACAGGACCUGUCCACGCUGCAGUGUGAGGUGGUUGUCCUGGUGUUCUCUGUGACAGACAGGAGAAGUUUCCACCGCACCGCCCAGCUCCGCCUCAUCCUCAGGGAGUCGCUGCCCCACACUCCAAUCAUCCUCGUGGGCAACAAGAGUGACCUCGUCCGCUCUCGGGAGAUCAGCACAGAGGAGGCCCACUCCAGUGCCAUGAUGUAUGAAUGCCAGUAUCUGGAGCUGUCUGCCUCCCUGGACCACGGCACCACCGAGCUGCUGGAGGGAGCGGUGAGGGCUGCCAGGGGUGACUGCGUGGGGCCGGGCUGGACGGAGGGGGACCCUGGGGCGGGGCGCAGGGAGAGCCUGACCAGUAAGGCCAAGCGCUUCCUGGCUGGCCUGGUGCCGCGGUCCUACGGCCGAGGAGACCGGGACAGGGGUCAGUACAGGGAGAUGAGCAGACACCGGGGCAGCAAGAUCCUCCGACAGAAAUCGCGCUCCUGCCAUGAUCUCAGUGCAAUGUGACACAUCAGACAGACCGAGAGAGGAGGUGAGAAACAGACUGGCAGAACCCACUCAACUAACUACUGGCUGAGUCAGAGCACGUUGGGUUGCCACAGGAAGAUCGACGAAGAUGAGGGUUGAGGAGAUGACAAGAGAGACUCAACUACCUGUGGCUGUUUCAUGUUAGAUUGCUUUUUGUGUUUUUUUUUUACCUGCUGAAAUUGUAUACACACACUACAUAUAGGGCAUUUGCAUAUACGGAUAACUACCAAAAUAAAGGAAACACCAAGAUAAUAGUGUCUUAAUAGGGCAUUGCGCCUUGACAUAGACUCUACAAGUGUCUGGAACUCUACUGGAGGGAUGUGACACCCUUCUUCUAUGGGAAAUUCCAUAAUUUGGUGUUGAUGGUGGUGGAAAAUGCUGUAUCACUGAGCUCUUCUAGCCAUGGGAGCCAAAAUAAUGGUCAUGUAUAAAAAUGUGCAUUUUUAUACUAGCCCAAUGUUGUAGUCGAGUCACUAAACCUCGGGAGGUCGAGUCUCGAGUCCCUAUGGCUGAAUUCGAGUCCAAGUCACCAAUGGUCGAGUUACGUCCAAUUUAUAAUAGGUCUUAUUAUGCAAUUGUUUCUGGUCACCACCAGAUGGCAGUAUAUUGUCACUCCCUCAUGUGGAAACCCAACUAAUUUACUAUUCAUCACUACCUCACAAGUUCUACUCAAUACCUGUGUUUCACUACUUAUUUACUAUAUAAAUGAAUGGUAAGUCAGGCUCUCAACUACUUGUUUGUUAUCGACCCACUGACAUUUGUGUAGUUUUUAUUUAUUUAUUGCAGAGUGAAAACUAAAGGGAGACUGGCUAUGGGAUGCAGGGGGGAAAUUGAGAGGGUAGAGCAAGAUGACAAAUUCAACGAUUGUUUUCAAUUUGGUAAAGCAGACAAAGCUAAAUAGUAGGCUGGUGGUUACAGGGAAGCAAGAGACACUUGCGCGAUGUGUAGCCUAUGAUCGGAGCCGGAGUGGAGCCUGACUGCCCACAAACAUCGCUUGCUCCCCCACAGCUCACAAGCUGAUGUAGGCUGCAUGUGCCAGGUGUGGCAUGUCCUUCCCACUGCUAGAGAGCAGAGUGCUCGCUGCUCUGCACACCUAGUGCCACUUAUUCUGCGUCUAUCCAGUCCAAGUGCAACGUUACAAGAAGGCGAGUCAGAGUCAACAAUGGCAUCCUGGUCUCAGAUCAUUUUGUAUUAUUCUAUAUGUAAAUCCGAGACUCCCCAUUUAGUGUGAUAUGGUAUGGUAUGUAUUCAUUUUUGGAUGCCCAUCCAAUUCAUAUGUUAUGAAUUCCAAUUUGUUGUGGCUAAUGUUAGGUUAAAGGGUUAAGGUUAUGGGAAGGGUUAGUUAACAUGCAAAGUAGCAAGUAGUUAAAGUUGUUAAAAUGCUAAAGUUGUCCAUGAUGAGAUUCGAACACGCAAUCUUUGAAUUUCCAGACUUUUGCGUUAUGCACCCACCCAUCCACCCCGACCAAUCACCAUCCUUUCAUUUUUGCCUUAAGUAACCUUCUGUCUUACGUAACCAUACCUAACAUAUCAUACUAAUUUGAGUGUCUCAAAUUUACAUUUACUUUGUUACGUCUAGUCUUUGAGACCGGGCUGCCAAUGGUCGAGAAGUUGAGUCCAAGUCACCAGUGGUCGAGUCCAAGUUGAGUCACAAGUCAUGAAAACUGACUCGAACUACAACACUGACCCUAAGCAUGAUGGGGGAUAUUAAUUGCAUUAUUAACUCAGGAACCACACCUGUGUGGAAGCACCUGAUUUCAGUAUACUUUGUAUCCCUCAUUUACGUAAGUGUUUCCUUUAUCUUGGCAGUUAUCUGUACAUUAACUACCAUAGAACAGAGCAUUACUGUGGGGGCUGGCCACACAGGCAAACACAACCAUAAGCGUUCUGGAAACGUUGCUUGGAUGUCUUGUCCGCGUGUGGCAACUACAUUGACAUACAUUAGCUACACAUGCUCACUCAUUUGUCACUGUCUAUUAUUACACACUUGUCUUUCGAAAGAUAAUAAAUUCAUUUUGUUUGACGUCCUUGA